AUGUCUUCAGCUGAAUUGAAUGCUAUCGACACCACAAAUGAUGAGAUAAACUCCAGUCAUUGCUUAAAAAAGGAUACAAGUGCACACAUUCACAAUCCUAUUUCGUCAAUGUCUUGCCAUCUUGAUUUGAGAACUUGCUUGAAUGAUGUUGCGAUUCUGGCCGGAUCAUCCCAUGCCUUACUGCCAGUAUCCAAAACUGCUAAACCAAAGUCAUUUGCAGAGACUUUGGCGCUGAGAUUAAACCAAGUUUCUAAUCCCAAAUCCAAGCAACUUGACUGUUUUGAAACUUUGGACUUUACUCUGACUACAUUGUCCAAACCAGAACCAGCUGCUCAAGCAGAAUGCAAUUUAAAUCUCGUCAAGGCACGCUAUGUGCGAUCAUGCUUAAACUCUCUGGAAGCUGUGGAUCUAGCAUUGAAAAAUGAUUCUAAAGAGUCUAUUGAUGGUUUCAAAGACAGAUCUGCAAUCGAGACUCUCAUGCCAAUCAUUAUUUGUUGGGGAAUCGUUCCAUCUUUAGAUUCAUACUCGUCUAAAAUGAUACAACUUGGCUUUAAACUGCCACAAGGUCCAAAUGCAGCCGAGGCUGCUUCUCCCAUAAAUCCAUUAGACACAUUUUUGUUUGGUGAAUGUCUGGCAACAAUGGUGCGAAUUUUACUUUCUGAAAGAGCAAGUUAUUUGGUAGAUUUACUUCGACGCAAAUAUCUGGCCGCAGCAUUACUUUGUGCUAUUGCAAUACAAACCGAAACAAUAUCAACUCAUCACUCUAGUGAUCAAUGUCUUGAAUCGAAUAGUGGUUUUGCUGCAUCAGCUUUAGAUAUCAAAACCACAAAAGCAUGUAUGGAUUCAACUGACUGCAAAGAAUUCACCAACUCGUGUUUUUCAAGACUUGGAAUUCGUCUAUGUAUGGAUGCUCUUCUCUCUCUUUUGGCAAGAUUACCCAAUUAUCCUCCUUGUCCAGCAUGGCUACGUAGCACCGUUUCGGCGUAUCUUUCCUUGUUGAUCAUGAAAAACAAUGGCGUACAAGCUUUAAUUACACUUUUGCUUCCAAUGGAGGCAAACAGCGAUAUGUCGUCUACACCAACCAUUUCACAGCUUGAACACGUUACACGGCUGCUUUUAACUCCACCCACUGGAAUUUCAAAACAGGUGUACUUUGUGAAUCUUUCAAAACAGCUAUGUGAUUUAAUCACUGCUGAAGAUACAGGCUCAAAAACAUCAGCCAUCACAGCAAGCUUUACAAUAUCUAGAUUUGUUAUCAAGAGUCCCUCUUUGGGAACAAAAUUAUUUAUCAAUCCUAUAGUUGAACCGCUGAUGCGAUUUUUUUAUAAAAAUAAUAGUGCAAAAGGUACCAUUAUUUCGACUAGUUUAGAUUUGGAGGCAUCUAUUCGCAGUCUUGAACGACUAAUAUCUGGAUGUGAGCCUAGUCACAGUUUGGCAAAAACGCUUGAAAAAGUGAUUCCUAUUUUGUACUAUAUGUAUGAAAAGGCAGCAGCCUCCAAACUAGCCAUUCAAUCUACUAUAGCACAGAUACUUGAUACGUACUUUAAACUUUCAGAUACAAAAGAUGUGACCCAGACUUUGUAUGAUAUCUGCAUAUGUCCUGCAAACAAAAUCGUGGCGACCAUUUCACACAGUGAUCAUGGCGGUAUCGAGUUUACUGCUUUUCAAAAAGAAAACUUUGAUGACGGUACAGGACAGGCACUUUUAAUAGAUCCAGAAUUUUUUUGCAUGUUUAUAUCCAAACUCGAUAAUUCGGUUGCUGUGGGCGAAUUGUUCUUGUUAUUUCUUCAAGGCAGUUUGAUUGCAAAAAAAUCUGACACACUUUUGAUUGAUGAGAUGAAUACUAGUUUAACUAGCAAAGUCUCUAUGAGUAGUGCAGAUUUUGCUCAUAUGCAACAUGCUGCAAUGAUCAUUGCCAUGAUGAAUACAUUUGGAGACAAACUAUUGCAUAACACAAGCCAAAUUUUAAAGUUUAUUAAAAACACGCUUCUUGAAUCGGAUGUUGAUGGCAUAUCGCUGGCUCUUACUCUUCUUAAAGAGAUAUUUACUAGCAAUUCUGUAGAAACUGACCUCGAGACUAAGCAAACGAUUUCCGAAAUCAAAAUCAUUAUACAUACACUAACGCUGCACGAAAACGAAGCAAUUCAAAGAAUGACACAAGAUGUUCGAACCACAAUAUUUGCUCAUUCAGAUUCACUAAAAUCUGAUACUAGUGAGCAAGAUGCAACCUUGCGUAAACAAAGCCAAGACUUUAAACAUGCAUUAAAGGAACUGGCUGAUCCUUUGCUGCCUAUUCGAGCGCACGGAAUGGCGAUUAUGCGCCAGCUAGUAUUAGAUCGUGCACCAGUAAGCAAGGAGCACUUGGAUAGCAUUAUCACCAUUUUUUUGGAUAUGCUGGAGGAUCAAGACAGUUUUAUAUACUUAAAUGCUGUCAAAGGGCUAAGCACACUGACUGAUGUAUACGCAUCAGAGACUCUUUUGCUGAUUUCAAAACGAUAUACAGAUAAAUCAUUGUUUGAUAUGGAUUAUCGUCUACGCAUUGGAGAAGCGCUCAUGCAAACGAUCCAACGCAGCGGACAAGUGUUUCCAAAACAUGCUUCAGUGAUUUUGCCUGCGGUUCUAGUUGUCAUGCGUGAUACUGAAAAGGAAAUGCGAGCUAGUGCUCUGUCGCUCAUGUCUCGUAUUGCAGAAACUGCCCCUCUUUCACUUAUCCCGUUUAUUGAACAGAUUACGGAUUACGUAGUUACAGUAUUGCAGCUAGAGAAAGAAGCCGAAGCGCGACGAGGAUCUGUAGUUAUAAUCAUUUCACUUGUACGGGCGCUUGGCCAUAGUACGAUCCAAGUGCUUUCCAUGAAAUUAGUUCAAAAACUACGCCGUCAACUUCAAUACUCUAGUGAAAGCGACAGCGAUAGUUUAACUCGCCAACAUGCACAAUUGGCACUUGAAGAUUUCGCUGCUAUUCUGCCAUUUUAG